AUGGUUGGCUUGAAGCUACAGCUCUUGCUUGUGCUGCUGCACGCAGUUUUCAGUUCCGCCUACCGAUGGUUCAACUGGCAAUUCGAGGUCACCUGUGAGUCUGACGCAUACAUUGCCCCUGAGGAUGAGUCCGCUGCUGCCUCAUUCCUCAAGGAUCAGUAUGCUAGGGGCUCCCUUAUCAAAGUGGUAGGCAACGGCCAUGGAUUUGGGAACCUUACUACCUGCGUCGACACCGCCCGCACCAAGAAGCCCUCCUACAUCGUUUCCCUUACCAACUUGAAGCACCUCGACAUCAACAGGGAGGAUAUGACUGUCACUUUUGGUGCUGGCUGGGAUGUAUAUGACCUGAUACAGGAGCUCAAGGCCAAUGGACUUUCGUUCAACAACCUUGGUGUAGAGCAGGUCCAGAACUUCAUUGGUGCUGUCUCUACAGGAACUCACGGAACUGGAUCCCAUGUCGGCAAUAUGGCAACACAGGUGGUGGGAUUGCGUGUUUUGGAUUCUCAGGGCUCCCUCCGUGUCAUCGACCAGACGACCAAUGCCGAGGAGCUCAAGGCCUUCCGAGUCAGCCUUGGUGCCCUUGGCCUGAUCACCGAGAUGACUAUCAAAGUGCACCCGACAUAUCUCGUGAAGAAGACCACUCGGGUUUUGAAUGCCACUACCGACUAUGCCCAGAUGUACAAGGAAAUCGCUCAACUAUACAAGGAACAUGAUCGAAUGACAGUCUGGGGUCCGCACUUUGACUGGGAUAGCAAGGCACAGGACUGGGCUAUUGAGCCUACCUACUUUGCCUCUUGGUGGGAGCCGACCAACUACACAGGUGUCCGGAACUGCACGCUCAACUACUGCGCCAAUGGCUGCGGUGACUGCAAAAAAAACUAUAUCUGCUAUGAUGAAGUCUCUGAUGCUGUCUCCUGCGGCCCGGAGGGUGUGUGCACUCACCAAUUCUAUGCCGAGAUCGAACACUUUUUCCCUGCAGAGUAUCUUCUGGAAGCCGCCACCAACUAUACCCUGUUUCAGCAGAGCCAGACCCCUCGAAUGAAGGCCCCUUACAAUGAGCAAAUGGUCUUCCAAUUCCGCAUGCUAAAGGGAGAUGACGCAUAUCUCUCCCCAGUCAACACCUACAACCUUGGACCCGAGAGCAGUGGGGUGUUUGCCGUUCUCGAGAUUGACUGGAUGCAGGAAUACAACAACUUUACCACUCUGUGGCAAAACCAGGAGUUGGCUGAGGAGUUUCUUCCUCGAUUCGGUGAAGCGUAUAAUGUUCGCUCACACUGGAAUAAGAUGUCUCCGGCGAAUUCCACCUACAUCCUUGACAAGUUCCCAAAGCUGCCUGAGUUUUUGGCUAUUCAGGAGCGCCAGGAUCCCAAGUGCCAGUUCGUCAAUGACUUUUUGGUUCAACAGCUAGGUAUCACCCGCUGCUCCGGUUAUCUGUCUAUGUAA